UGAGACGAGACAAGACAGGCAAGCUACUGAUAUAGUGCUCAGAAGAAGUCAACACAAGUCUGAUCCAGGACAAGACAAGGAAGUCGAGGGAUGAUCCGAGGAAGCAACUCACCCAACACAGCGGGAGGGCCCAGGCAGAUAUACUUCUCCCCCUCGCCUCUCCUCCCCCGUCCCAUCCCAUCCCCACUUACACGACGACGAUCGCAUCACCAACCCGCCUCCGCAACGCCCCGAACCCCAGGUCGACCAGCCCAGCCUAGGGAACCAACUUCCCCAACGCCAAAGGCCCAGGGACCCAAUAGUCAAACCCGUAUUUCAUCGCCCGUCGCCAAUCACGCACCCUCGUCCCUGGUCCCCCUUUCCCCAACGGCUUUCCCCGUAGCGUUGCUCCCUCCCCCGCCGUCUAGUCCACGCGGCGGGCGCAGAGACAGCGCGAAGAGAGUCAUUGCAUCUCCGACUUGUUCACAUACCCGCCGCACAGACGUCCCACCGGAGAGGACUGGGUCAAGAGAAAAAGACGGGAUCGUUCGGCAUGGAUGGAGCCGUGGCGAAAAAAAAAACGUUCUGUGCUUCGUUGCGUUCCAGACUCCUGACGCAUUGGGAGGCAGGGAUUCGGCUGGUUCGCCAUGCGGGUUGGGUCGCCGCUGAGAUGGGGAUUCUGCCCUCCGGUCAGAGUACCCUCCUCCGGUCAGAGUACCCUCCUCCGGUCAGAGUGCCGAUCCCCACUGCGCCGCGUCGUCACAUGGCGGGCGAGGGGUUGGCAGGUUUGAGCCUCUCGUGGGGAGAGUUGGAGGCAACUUGCAAGGUUUGGGUCAGCCACGCUAGAAGACUCGUU